GUUCGAGUUGUUACUAUGGAUGCAGAGCUGGAGUUUGCCAUCCAGCCAAACACUACAGGCAAACAGCUGUUUGACCAGGUGGUUAAAACCAUAGGUUUGCGAGAAGUGUGGUACUUUGGUCUUCAGUAUGUGGACAACAAAGGAUUCCAGACUUGGCUGAAGCUUGAUAAAAAGGUUUCUGCUCAAGAAAUCAGAAAGGAGAAUCCCCUCCAGUUCAAAUUCCGUGCCAAGUUCUUUCCAGAGGAUGUGUCUGAAGAGCUGAUCCAGGACAUCACACAGAAGCUCUUCUUCCUGCAGGUUAAGGAAGGGAUCCUCAGCGAUGAGAUCUACUGUCCUCCUGAAACAGCAGUACUACUUGGCUCCUAUGCUGUGCAGGCCAAAUUUGGAGAUUACAACAAAGAUGUGCACAAGCCUGGAUACCUCAAUUCAGAGCGCCUGAUCCCCCAAAGGGUGAUGGACCAGCAUAAACUCUCCAGAGAGCAGUGGGAAGAACGGAUCCAGGUGUGGCAUGCUGAGCACAGUGGCAUGCUCAAAGAGAAUGCCAUGCUGGAAUACCUGAAGAUUGCUCAAGACCUGGAGAUGUAUGGAAUCAACUACUUUGAAAUCAAGAAUAAGAAAGGAACUGACCUUUGGCUGGGGGUUGAUGCCUUGGGGCUCAACAUCUAUGAAAAGGAUGAUAAACUGACUCCAAAGAUUGGGUUCCCCUGGAGCGAAAUCAGAAACAUUUCUUUCAAUGACAAGAAGUUUGUUAUAAAGCCUAUUGACAAGAAGGCACCAGACUUUGUGUUUUACGCCCCUCGUCUGAGAAUUAACAAGAGGAUCCUGCAGCUCUGCAUGGGCAACCAUGAACUGUAUAUGCGGCGCAGGAAGCCCGACACCAUUGAGGUGCAACAGAUGAAAGCCCAGGCCCGGGAGGAGAAGCACCAGAAACAACUGGAAAGGCAACAACUAGAAAAUGAAAAGAAGAAGAGGGAGACAAUUGAGAGGGAGAAAGAGCAAAUGUUGAGGGAGAAGGAAGAGCUGCUGGUGAGGCUACAAGAGUAUGAGGUGAAGACUCAGAAAGCAGAGAAAGAGCUCUCAGAUCAGAUCCAACGAGCCAUUCAGCUGGAGGAAGAAAGGAGACGAGCCCAGGUGGAAGCAGAACGCUUGGAAGCUGAUCGCUUGGCUGCUCUACAGGCCAAGGAAGAGCUGGAGAGACAAACUCUGGACCAGAUAAAGAGCCAAGAACAGCUGGCUACAGAGCUUGCAGAGUAUACAGCCAAGAUUGCACUUCUUGAAGAGGCAAGGAGGCGUAAAGAGAGUGAGGUUGAAGAGUGGCAAAUCAGAGCCAGGGAAGCCCAGGAGGAUCUGGUAAAGACAAAGGAGGAGCUACACCUGGUAAUGACUGCUCCGCCUCCACCUCCACCGCCUGUCUAUGAGCCAGUGAGCUACCAUGUCCAGGAUCACCUGCAAGAUGAAGGAUCAGAGUACUCUGCCUACAGCGCAGAGUUCUCCAGUGAGGGGAUCAGGAAUGACCGCAAUGAGGAGAAACGCAUUACUGAAGCAGAGAAGAAUGAACGUGUACAGAGGCAACUGAGGGCGCUGACAGAUGAGCUGGCCCAGGCUAGAGAUGAAAAUAAGAGGACCCACAAUGAUAUUAUCCACUCAGAGAACAUGCGACAGGGACGUGAUAAGUACAAGACGCUGCGGCAGAUCCGGCAAGGCAACACCAAGCAGAGAAUUGAUGAGUUUGAGGCGAUGUAAUGACGCUUGUAACAAGAAGGCAGGACUGUGGGAAAGGCAGAUCUUAAUGCUGUGUUCUUGUUUUGGGUUUUUUUUGUU